CACUUAACAUAGAAAAUGGCGAAGUUUUUACCUAUUUUUGCAAUACUGGCCGUGUUAGUCGGUGAAUCGUUAUGCGGAGAUCGCUUAAUUAGACCUACAUAUAGACCGCCUCCUCAGAGGCCGGUGAUACGAAUGGCACGACAAGUCAACGAUGAACCACUGUGGUUGUACCGAGGUGAUGAUGUAAUCAAAGCACCUUCCACUGGAGAGCACCCUUAUUUACCUUCUUACAUUGACGACAUCAAAUUGGACCCCAACAUCAGAGUCGCCCGAAGCUUCGACUCCCGUAGCUCCAAACACUCCAGUGGAAGCCACAGCACCUCAACUGGUAGCAGGGACACAGGCGCCACUCAUCCUGGCUACAAUCGUCGUAACGCAAGAAGUAUCCAAACUCCUCCUCUAUUUCCAACAUUUUCACCUACUAGACCACGUUACCCGCCCUUCCCCAUCUACGUGCGGUCCCCACGCGACGUUCAAUUUCAAGGAUUUAAGAAGCCAACCUACCAUGAUGUGGUGAUCCCAAAUUGGAACCCAAAUGUCAAAACGGAUCCUCGACAGAUACUCAGAAUUAAGUCUCGGAAUUAAUUACCGCAGGAGUGUCGAAGUGGAGAAUUAUUGUAUACCUUUGUCCAGAACAAGACUAAUUAUUUAUAAUUUAAAGUAAGAUUUAUUAUCUGUAUUGUAAAUAUCUUAUAACUGAACUACAGAA